AUGUCGGGACAUCCAAACCAGCAGCGGCCUAACCCGAACGACUACGAUGACGGCUAUGGCCGGCAACAAGGUGGUCAGCAGGGAGGCCAGGAUGCCUACUAUGACGACCAUUCACAGCAACAGUACUACGACAAUGGCUAUGACAACGGUGGCCAAGGGGGUCGCCGAGGAGAUGGCUACUACGACGAAUCUGGCUACUACAACGCCGAUCCGAACAACCCCUAUCAACAGGAUGGCGGGUACUACGACAACCAAGAUCAGUACCAAGACGAUUAUUACAACCAGCAAGGUUACUAUGAUCAGGGCUAUGAUCAAGGCUACGGCCGUCGGCAAGGCUCAGAGGAUGACUCUGAAACGUUUAGCGACUUCACAAUGAGGUCGGACAUGCGUGGUGGUGAUGCCGAGUACUACGGACGUGGCGACGAACGUUACAACAGCUACAACGAUGGACAGGCUCGCGGCUUCCGACCGCCCUCGUCCCAGAUCUCAUAUGCUGGAAACCGCUCGUCUGGGGCCUCGACUCCCAACUAUGGCAUGGACUAUGGCAAUGGGCACGCCGCGCUGGCUAGGUCACGCGAGCCGUACCCUGCAUGGACUUCAGAUGCGCAGAUCCCUCUGUCCAAGGAGGAGGUCGAGGAUAUUUUUAUUGACCUCACGUCAAAGUUUGGAUUUCAGCGCGACAGCAUGAGGAACAUGUACGACCAUCUCAUGACUCUUCUCGACUCGCGUGCCUCUCGCAUGACCCCAAACCAGGCCCUGCUCUCGCUUCAUGCGGACUACAUCGGAGGAGACAAUGCGAACUACCGCAAGUGGUAUUUCGCCGCUCAUCUGGAUCUCGAUGAUGCCGUGGGCUUUGCCAACAUGAAGGGCAAGGGCUUGAAGCGCAAGAACAAGAAGAAGAAGAAGGAUGCUGAGAAUGAGGCCGAGACCUUGGAGAGCCUUGAAGGUGAUGACUCGCUCGAAGCGGCUGAGUACAGAUGGAAGACACGUAUGAAUCGCAUGUCACAACACGACCGUGUUCGACAGCUCGCCUUGUACCUGCUCUGCUGGGGCGAGGCCAACCAGGUCCGGUUCAUGCCCGAGUGUUUGUGCUUCAUCUUCAAGUGCGCGGACGACUACCUCAACUCGCCUGCGUGCCAGAACCUCGUAGAGCCAGUUGAGGAGUUCACGUUCCUCAACAACGUCAUCACCCCCAUUUAUCAGUACGUCCGAGACCAAGGUUACGAGAUUGUCGAUGGUGUCUACGUCCGUCGCGAGCGUGACCACAAGAGCAUUAUCGGUUAUGACGACUGCAACCAGCUCUUCUGGUACCCUGAGGGUAUCGAGCGCAUCGUCUUGGAGGACAAGUCGAAACUCACCGAUGUGCCUCCCCCGGAGCGUUACCUGAAGCUGAAGGAUGUCAACUGGAAGAAGUGCUUCUUCAAGACCUACAAGGAGACUCGGUCGUGGUUCCACCUGGUUGUUAACUUCAACCGUAUCUGGAUUAUCCACCUAACCAUGUGGUGGUACUACACGGCAUUCAACGCUCCUACGCUCUUGGUCCCCAACUACACCCAGCAAGGAAACGAAAAGCCCCCUAACGCAGCUGUGUGGUCGAUUUGUGGAUUCGGUGGUUGUAUCGCAUCCCUGAUCCAGAUCAUUGCUACAUGCUCCGAGUGGGCGUACGUACCUCGUCGUUGGGCCGGAGCUCAGCAUCUUACCAAGAAGCUUCUCUUCCUUAUCCUCAUCUUUGUUAUCAACGCUGGUCCUGGUGUUUACGUCUUCUUGCCUGGAGAUGUGGACACUGUCCGGGCCCGCCAGGAGACUCAGAUCGCGCUGAUUCUGGGAAUCGUUCAGUUCUUCGUGUCUGUGGCGACCUUCCUCUUCUUCUCUAUCAUGCCUCUUGGCGGACUUUUCGGCAGCUACUUGACCAAGAACUCUCGCCGCUAUGUCGCAAGUCAGACAUUCACCGCCAGCUAUCCCAGACUUACUGGCAACGACAUGGCUCUCUCGUACCUCUUGUGGCUGAUUGUUUUCGGUGCCAAGAUGGGCGAGUCAUAUGUCUACUUGGCCUUGUCUUUCAAGGACCCUCUCCGUUACUUGUGGUUGAUGAACGUCGACAGCUGUCUUGGUGACACCCUCCUGCGGAAAUACCUCUGUCCUCUCCAGCCUAAGAUUCUUGCCGGUCUCAUGGGAGUAACAGAUCUUAUCUUCUUCUUCCUGGACACGUAUCUUUUCUACGUACUGGUCAACUGCGUUUUUUCGAUUGCGCGCUCUUUCUACUUGGGUGCCUCUAUCUUGACUCCUUGGAGAAACAUCUUUUCUCGCAUGCCUAAGCGCAUCUACUCCAAGGUCCUGGCAACAACAGACAUGGAGGUCAAGUAUAAGCCCAAGGUUCUCAUUUCACAGAUCUGGAACGCUAUUGUCAUCUCCAUGUACCGUGAGCAUCUUCUGGCCAUUGACCACGUUCAGAAGCUUCUGUACCAUCAAGUCCCGUCGGAGCAGGAGGGCAAGCGGACUCUGAGGGCUCCCACGUUCUUCGUGUCACAAGAAGAUCACUCGUUCAAGACGGAAUUUUUCCCUGCUCAAAGCGAGGCAGAGCGUCGUAUCUCUUUCUUCGCUCAUUCGCUGUCGACACCGAUUCCUGAGCCGUUGCCGGUUGACAACAUGCCUACCUUUACUGUCAUGAUCCCGCACUACAGCGAAAAGAUUCUCUUGUCGCUGAGGGAGAUUAUCAGGGAAGACGAGCCGUAUUCUCGUGUUACAUUGCUCGAGUACCUGAAGCAGCUUCACCCCCACGAGUGGGACUGCUUCGUCAAGGACACCAAGAUUCUUGCAGAUGAGACGUCUCAGUUCAACGGCGAUGAGAAGAACGACAAGGACACAGCCAAGAGCAAGAUUGAUGAUCUGCCAUUCUACUGCAUCGGUUUCAAGUCUUCUGCACCCGAGUACACUCUCAGGACGCGUAUUUGGUCUUCACUCCGCUCGCAAACUCUCUACCGUACCAUCUCCGGUUUUAUGAACUACAGUCGUGCCAUCAAGCUGCUUUACCGUGUGGAGAAUCCUGAGGUUGUCCAAAUGUUCGGCGGCAACUCUGACAAGUUGGAACGCGAAUUGGAGCGAAUGGCGCGCCGCAAGUUCAAGCUCAUUGUGUCGAUGCAACGUUAUGCCAAGUUCAAGAAGGAGGAGAUGGAAAACGCCGAAUUCUUGCUGCGUGCGUACCCGGAUCUGCAGAUUGCCUACCUGGACGAAGAGGCGCCUUUGAACGAAGGUGAAGAGCCUCGUUUGUAUUCUGCGCUCAUUGAUGGUCACUCUGAAAUCAUGGAGAACGGCGCUCGCAAGCCCAAGUUCCGAAUUCAGCUCUCUGGCAACCCUAUCCUUGGUGACGGCAAAUCUGACAACCAAAACCACUGUAUCAUCUUCUACCGCGGCGAAUACAUUCAGCUCAUUGAUGCCAACCAGGACAACUAUCUCGAGGAAUGUCUGAAGAUUCGCAGUGUUCUGGCCGAGUUUGAGGAGAUGAAGACGGACAACACCUCGCCAUACACCCCUGGUGUGAAGAACGCUGUCAAAUCGCCUGUUGCUAUCUUGGGUGCUCGUGAGUACAUUUUCUCGGAGAACAUCGGUAUCCUCGGAGACGUCGCUGCCGGAAAGGAACAGACAUUUGGAACCUUGUUUGCUCGUACGCUGGCUCAAAUUGGUGGCAAGCUUCACUAUGGUCAUCCCGAUUUCCUCAAUGGAAUCUUCAUGACAACUCGAGGUGGUGUAUCUAAAGCGCAAAAGGGUCUUCACUUGAACGAGGAUAUUUACGCCGGUAUGAAUGCUAUCCUCCGUGGUGGGCGCAUCAAGCAUUGCGAGUACUACCAAUGCGGCAAAGGUCGUGAUUUGGGUUUCGGUUCAAUUCUCAACUUCACCACCAAGAUCGGCACUGGUAUGGGCGAGCAGAUGCUGUCUCGCGAGUACUACUACCUCGGCACGCAACUCCCGCUGGACCGAUUCUUGUCCUUCUACUAUGCUCACCCUGGCUUCCAUAUCAACAACAUCUUCAUCAUGUUGUCUAUCCAGAUGUUCAUGAUCACACUCGUCAACAUAGGAGCCUUGAGGGAUCAGACCAUACCUUGCGACUACAACCGAAACGUCCCCAUUACCGAUGAGCUCUUCCCUACUGGAUGCCAGAACACGGACGCGCUAGUGGAUUGGGUUUUCAGAAGUAUCUUGUCGAUUAUUUUCGUCCUCUGUCUGUCCUAUAUCCCUCUAGUGGUUCAGGAGUUGACGGAGCGUGGUUUCUUCCGCGCGGCUACUCGUCUCGCGAAGCAGAUCUGCUCCCUCUCACCCCUGUUUGAGGUGUUCGUGUGUCAGAUUUACGCUAAUGCGGUCCAUAACAACCUGUCAUUCGGCGGAGCUCGAUACAUUGGUACCGGUCGUGGUUUUGCCACUGCGCGCAUUCCGUUCGGUGUGCUCUUCUCUCGAUUUGCCGGCCCGUCGAUCUACUUCGGCGCACGACUACUCAUGAUGCUUAUCUUUGCUACCAUGACUGUUUGGCAAGGCGCUCUGGUGUACUUCUACCUCACUCUGCUUGCCCUCGUCAUCUCGCCGUUCCUGUACAACCCCCACCAGUUUGCUUGGAAUGAUUUCUUCAUCGACUACCGUGACUACCUCCGGUGGUUGUCUCGAGGAAACUCUCGCUCGCAUGCAUCAUCUUGGAUCGCCUACUGCAGACUCUCGCGAACCCGUCUGACCGGUUACAAGCGAAAGGCUGUCGGAGACCCCAGUUCAAAACUCUCCGGAGACGUGCCUCGAGCAUCCUUCAUGAACAUUUUCCUUGGCGAGCUCGUUUCGCCAUUUUUGCUUGCGGUCGUGAUGCUGAUUCCAUACCUCUUCAUGAACGCCCAAACUGGUGUCACAGCGGACAAAAACCCCAACCUGCCCACGCCCAAGGCAAGUGCAGCAUUGCUCAGAAUCGGCAUUGUCGCUAUUGCCCCGAUCGCCGUCAAUGCUGGCGUUUGUCUGGUCAUGUUCGCCAUGGCCUGUUUCAUGGGUCCCCUCCUCAGCAUGUGUUGCAAGAAGUUUGGUAGCGUACUUGCUGCCAUUGCACAUGCUUUUGCUGUGAUCAUGCUUCUUGUCUUCUUCGAGGCCUUGUACAUCCUCCAGCAAUGGAAGGCGGCCCCAACUCUCCUGGGAAUGAUCGUUGUUCUUUGCGUUCAACGAUUCCUUCUGAAGCUGAUCGUAUCAGCCGCAUUGACUCGAGAGUUCAAGUCGGACCAGGCCAACAUUGCUUUCUGGACUGGCAAGUGGUACUCAAUGGGUUGGCACACAAUUUCGCAGCCGGCGAGAGAGUUUCUCUGCAAGAUCACCGAGAUGUGCUUCUUUGCAGGCGACUUCAUUCUCGGUCACAUUAUCCUCUUCCUCAUGCUGCCAAUCAUCCUCAUUCCUCAGGUUGACAAGCUGCACUCUAUGAUGCUCUUCUGGCUUCGUCCUAGCCAACAAAUUCGACCCCCGAUCUACUCAAUGAAGCAGUCCAAGUUGAGGACGAGGCGCGUGGUUCGCUAUGCGAUCUUGUAUUUUGUGCUCCUCAUCCUCUUCCUUGCCCUGCUCGCAGGCCCGGCCAUUAUCACCCAGUUCGUCAAGAACAUGCCUCCAAAGGCCAUCACGGAUGUCAAGUUCCUUAAAGAUUCCGGCCUGAUCCAACCUGCCGGGUACGACAACAACAACACAAACUUUGAACACACGGGUACAAGACGAACCGGUCCUGCUGCCCCUACUCCCCAACGCCUUGUUUGA